AUGAACGGGUCGCUGGAGUGCGACACGGACCUGGAGGUGUCCGGCAGCGACAAGCUGUUCCGCUUCGUUGUGCACGGCGUGCUGCUCAACGCGAUUGGGGCAGGUGGCCUGCUUGGAAACGCGCUCGCAGUGCUCGUGCUUUCGCGCCCGCAGAUGCGCUCCUCUGUCAACUGCCUUCUGGUGGGCCUCGCCGCCUGCGACACGCUACUUAUCCUCACCUCCAUGCUGCUCUUCGGCCUGACCGCCCUCUACCCCUAUACGGGGGCUCUACGUUACUACUACUACCACGUGUGUCCUCACAUCACGCCCUAUGCCUAUCCGCUCGCAAACGUGGCCCAGACCAUGUCGGUAUACCUCACGCUCAUAGUGACCAUCGAACGCUGGGUGGCCGUGUGCCACCCUUUUCGGGCGAAAGCCCUCUGCACCUCAUCCCGCGCCAGGUGGUAUGUGGUCGGCACGGCGGUGUUCGCCCUUAUAUACAACGCGCCCAAGUUCUUCGAGGCCGAAUUGGUGGCAGUGGGCGACCCGCAAGCUGGCGAGGUGAUUUACUGCGUCCAAGCCAACAUGAACUUCCGGACGGAGACCUACGUCGCUGUCUACAUCCACUGGAUGUAUCUGGUCGUGAUGUACAUAGUGCCGUUCACUGCUCUGGCGGUGUUGAACGCGUGCAUCGUACGCCAGGUGCGGCGCGCGCAGCGGGAGCGGGCUCGGCUGUCGCGGGUGCAGCGCCGGGAACUCAGCUUGGCCAGUAUGCUGGUGGCGGUAGUACUCGUAUUCUUUCUGUGCAAUCUGCUCCCGCUGCUCACGAACGCGUUCGAGGUGUUCCUGGGCGACGCGUUCGACAACCUCGACCCGCUUGUGAAGACGAGCAACCUCCUUGUCACGAUCAACAGCAGCGUAAACUUUGUCAUAUACGUCAUCUUCGGCGAGAAGUUCAAGCGAAUAUUUCUGAAACUGUUCUGCGCGCGGCGUACUCGUCGCGGUCGCGAUUCGCCCGAGCACACGCGCGACGAUUCGUUCGCGUCUUGCGGCGAGCGUGUGUCGUUGCGACUAGUGCGAAACGGCACGCUGAGAAAAGCGCGCGGAGGACGAUCGCGGAGGGCCGCUUCGCCCGCACCGACCGUCUACUACCCAGCACCCCCCGCCCUUCCAGCCCCUCCACAGACACCUUCCACCGAAGUGUCUGUGACGUCGCUGGAGACACCCUCGCGCUGGAAUGGCACAUCACGCCUACACUUCUGA